CAGGAAGGAGCAGUACCAGGGGAAAGGCCUACGAGGCAGAAUGAGUUCCAGGAGGACCAGGCCCCCUACCUCUCCUAGCCCACCGGAGCGGCCGGCGGCACGGGACUCCCAGGACUCCAUGGAGGACUACUGGAGUGAAGUGAAGAACAUCGAGGAAGACGGCCAGCGGGGCCACGAGGACCUGCUGGAGAGGGGGAGUAUGGACGGUAGGCUACAUACUUACAAGGAAAUUGUGCUUUUAGCCAUUUAUAGACCUAGGGUGCAGUGGUCUAAGGCACAGUGGUCUAAGGCACUGCGCCACUACAGAUCCUGGUUCGAAUCCAGGCUCUGUCGUAGCCGGCCGCGACCGGGAGACCCAUGGGGCGGCGCACAAUUGGCCCAGUGUCGUCCAGGGUAGGGGAGGGAAUGGCCGGCAGGGAUGUAGCUCAGUUGGUAGAGCAUGGCGUUUGCAACGCCAGGGUUGUGGGUUCGUUUCCCACGGGGGGCCAGUAUGAAAAAAUAAAUAAAAAAUAAUAAUGUAUGCACUCACUAACUGUAAGUCGCUCUGGAUAAGAGCGUCUGCUAAAUGACUAAAAUGUAAUAUGUAUUGAGUUGGGCUCAAUUCCAGUUCAAUUCCAUUAAGGAAAUAUGAAAUGGAAUGGACCCCAACUCUUGGUGUGCUCUUUUGGAGUCCUUGCCAUAGAGAUGGAUACAAAUGCAGAUUCUGAUAGAUGCUAUGGAUACGGAUUUAUCUCUGACUCGUCCUCUACAUUCCAGAGGUGGAGCUUGAGGAGGCGUGGCUUCAGGAGGCGGGUCUGUCCACACUGGUGUCGGGGGCGUUGGGGGAGGGGCCUGCGGAGGCGCUGCUCUCCACACUGACGCGCUCGCAGGCAGCCAUGGUGAAGAAACGUGUGGACAACUAUACCCUGACCAUGAGGAAGAGGAACAAGCAGCCGACCAGACAUGUCCGAGACGUCUUCUCCACGCCAGACACAUCGGUGAGACAAAUGGCUGGGCAUCAUUUAUUAUCCAUAUAAAUAUACGUCUACGGCGCUUUGGGUUAAGCACUUCGCAAUUAUGUUUAUGGAGUUUGAGUCUGUAUAUUUCCCAUUGAAAUCCUAAAAUGUCUCAUGUCUGGCCCUUUGUACGCUAUAACUGGUGCCUCUGCCCCUCAGUGCCCCUAUGGCCUCAGUUCAUCUGGAUAUAGUAUUCUCAGCUGUGCUACUGAUCCUCUGGUAGAGCCAGACAAGCCUCCUGUGUGUCAGAGAUGAACUAGAGUAAGGAGAGGAGUCCAGUAGACGUGCUUCCGAUACUCAGGAUGUCACCCCCCCCAGCCUUAAAACACCGAUCCAGUUGGUAUGGGCCAGAACCAUUAUAGGCAUAGAUGCAUAUAUACUUUGCUCUGGCACGGGCAAUUGUUAGAGGAGCGGGGGUGGAUGGUGGAAACACGAUGAGCUCUUGCUCAUUCUUGCCCAGCUCUAUAACUCAGCUCUCAGCUGGUGGGGGCAGCUGUCCCCUCUUUCUCCAGAAAUAUAACUGCCCCACUGACUGACUGACUGACUGACUGGUAGCUGGAAUGUGAAGGAGGGUUUACAUGACAAGGGCAACAAGGAAGUCCCAUUCUGUUUUCAGAUGGCGGUGCACUGAACACUGCUGAGAUCAAAUGGCGUCAUAUAGCACAGCAGCGUUGUAAUUCUGUAGAAGGGUUGGUCAUAUAUCGGGUAGCAAGCCCACAGAUUGUGUUCGGCCUAGUGGAUUCUUUGCAGUUGUCUAUCAUGGGAAGUGCCCCUGUCAGCACUGCUGUGUGGCGGUGACAGGAGCCUCUAGGGUGAGUCACAGAUCUGGCAGGGGGCACAGGAUUAUGAGUCACACCACUCAGUCCCAGUUGGGAUGACAGCUGAGUCCGGGACACAGAAAGCCUUCACCCUACUCCAGCUAAAAUACUGUCUUACUGGCAGGCCCCGCAGACUACUGGCAGACCCCGCAGACUACUGGCAGGCCCCACAGACUACUGGCAGGCCCCACAGACUACUAGCAGGCCCCACAGACUACAGGCAGGCUACUGGCAGGCCCCACAGACUACUAGCAGGCCCCACAGACUACUAGCAGGCCCCACAGACUACUAGCAGGCCCCACAGACUACUGGCAGGCCCCACAGACAACAGGCAGACUACUGGCAGGCCCCACAGACUACAGGCAGGCUACUGGCAGGCCCCACAGACUACUGGCAGGCCCCACAGACUACUAGCAGACGACUGGCAGGCCCCACAGACUACUGGCAGACUACUGGCAGGCCCCACAGACUACUGGCAGACUACUGGCAGGCCCCACAGACUACUGGCAGGCCCCACAGACUACUGGCAGACUACUGGCAGGCCCCACAGACUACUGGCAGACUACUGGCAGGCCCCACAGACUACUGGCAGACUACUGGCAGGCCCCACAGACUACUGGCAGGCCCCACAGGCUACUGGCAGGUCCACAGACGAAUGGCAGACUACUGGCAGACUACUAGCAGGCCCCACAGACUACUGGCAGACUACUAGCAGGCCCCACAUACCACUGGCAGACUACUGGCAGGCCCCACAGACUACUGUUGGUGUUUUAGUAGGAUUAGGGAAAUGAAUUAAGGCCUCAAGGACAUUGAACUGGGCCGUAAACAAAUCUAGACGCAUAAAAAAAGGCCAUCAAGUCUGGACGAGGAUAGAUUAGACCAUGGCCACUUUUGUCAUAAUCUAACAGUGAAAGAUGGUGGUGCCUCUCUUUUGUGUUUGGUUGGUGUAUUGUAAGGGGACAGCAUUGGAAAGAAAAAGCAAAUAUAGUCAUUUUAAUUGCUUACCAUGACAUCAAAUUAUAUUUGUCACGUACACAGUUUACAGCUGGUAGAAAAGGUGCAGAGAAACGCUUGUGUGCUAGUUCCCUCAACCAUUGCAGUACAAGUAUACCAUGACAUAUACAGUACCAUUGUGUAUUUAGGUGUACCGUAUGUAUUUACAUGGCUAUAUUAUGGACUCAAGCUCUUUCUCUGUCUGUGAAAUGACUCCCGAGUGGCACAGUGGUCUAAGGGAAUGGCUGGCAGGGAUGUCGCUCAGUUGGUGGAGCAUGGCGUUUGCAACGCCAGGGUUGUGGGUUCGAUUCCCACGGGGGGCCAGUAUGAAAAAAAUUAAAAUAAUGUAUGCACUCAAACUGUAAGUCGCUCUGGAUAAGGGGGUAUGCUAAAUGACUAAAAUGUAAAUGAAUAUUUAGGUACAUGUAGCCUACAGUAUCUAGCCUGUAUUUAUAUGUCCUAGUGCUGCUGACCAUGAGGUUUGGUUUCCAGCCAAUUCUGCCAGCGUUGUCCGUAACCGUUGACCAUGCUUAUUUCACUGACUAGUAUGUGUACAACAAAACAAAACAGCUGUCUCUAUUGAACGCUCCUUUGUUCCAUUGAUAUCCACUUUCCUCUCAGCAAAUGUACUGCGUAGCCAUAAUAUGGAAGUCAAUGCAUAGGAAUCAAACCACCGUAUCCCUCAUCGCUGUUCAGACAUCUGGUACUGCGUCUGAUACUGCUGGUGUUUAGUUCAGUUCACAGCAAUGUCUGUGAUUGUUUAGAAUAAUCUAACACUAACUAAUUUCACCAUAGUUGAAUGCUAAAGCACCAUCCAUCUUUUCAUGCGUCCCACUUCAAAAAGCUUAUGUUUACCUGUUGAUCAUACUUGUUUUGUGAAACAAACUCCACACACAUCGAAUGAGCAUAAAUGAUGAUCAUGUAUGUCCCCUGUCCUUUUAGCCAGUUGAUCCCAUACCCUCGGUGUCCUCCAAGUCACCCAAUGGACACAUGCCUUCCAGAUGCAUCCACCGGACGUCUUCUAGAGGUGAGUCUAUCGUCUCUCAAUAUGUUACCACCAUUUUAAUGUCCCCUGUUAGUUUGGUUUGAUGUGGUUGGCUGGAGUUACCCAUUGUGAAGUAACCGCUCCAAUGGGUUGAAUCAAUGUUGUUUCCAUGCUAUUUGAGCCUAAUUCUGUCAGCGUGAUUUAAUCAAUGUGGAAAACACAUUGGACUUUGACUAAGUCGUCAACAUAGAUCAUUCCCAUCUGGUUGGUUGGACUGAUGUCUGUGCAUAGGGGAAUAUACCGGUGAUGUAUCCAUCAUUGAGAUUGGUGUGGGUGUUCCAGGGCGGCCUGCGUGUCCCAGCUUCUCCCAGAGCACAGAGUGCCAUGUUUCAGAGUGCCCUCCCUGCUCGCCACCUCAGGACACCUCUGACUCCCUGUCAUUCGAGGUGCCCUACUCCGAGGGCAUCACUGCCCACCGCAGGGGCCGCCAUGGGGACUGCAAGGACUGCCAACGCAUCCGCGGAGACGACCCAGACCUGCCAGUGAGUCUCACCUCUCACCUUUUGUUUAAAGGGGAAUGGAACUAAAAACAACAGUUAUUCAGACAGUAGGACAUUAGAGAUUGAAGGGGAUGUGCAGAACAAAAAGUGGCAGAGCGGGGAUUUGAACCCCUGCCGUAGGGGGCUGUUUGUGGUCUGGUCUGGAGGCAGCUGUGUUAACCACUAGGCCGCCCUCCAGGAACCAGUUUUGAAUAUGUAAAAUUGAUGUGUUGAUGAUCGAGACUGUUUCUAAUGGAUGACAAUGGUGUUGUCUUGUACAGACAUUUCAGUUGCCCAGGCCUAAACUGGGCCUCACCCGCAUCCAGGACCUGUCUUGUGAGGACAUGAAGAAGAUCGGCUACAUCUCUUUGAUUGAACUGACCACCUUCUACGACGGCCUGGGCAUCGAGCUCAAACGCAACCGAGCGGCACGUAGCAAGGCCAGAGGUGGGUGGCUGGUUGACUGGGUUGUGUUCAUUAGGCACCAAAUGGAUGAAAACGCACUUAAACACGGCGGGACUAGGCAUUCUAUGACGUUUUCAGACGCUUGCCAUAAUGAACACAACUCUGGUGUUACACAUCCCAUUUAUACAUGAACAGUCACUAUGGUUUUGAACCCUCCUCUUUUCCCUCCCGCUCCACAGAAAGUGGUAUAUUUGGAGUUCCCCUGACCACUCUAUUGGACAACGACCAGAAGAAAUUCCCUGGGUCCAAGGUUCCUCUUGUGUUCAGAAAGGUACUGUACGUGUUUAGUUCUAACCCUUUCCCAGAACCAUUGACAACAACACUCUCCCCAUCUUCUCCUCCUCAGCUGUGUGUGUGUGUGUGUGGUGUGAGUGAGUUGGCCAUUACAGCUUUGCGUUAACCUAAUGUGUGUCAGCACAAGCCCCACUCACUGACUGCUUUCUACAAGUGCCUAUUUCUCCUCCUGUUUCCUCUCUAUCAGUACUUGUCAGCCUGGUUAAGCAUUGCUUUCUCACGUGUUAUCACAAAGACAUUCCGGAGAGACUAAAUGUCAGAAGGGUACCAGAUGCUCCUGUUAAACGUAACUAUCAGGGGAGGAGAAGGAGGAGAGUCAAGUACAUCAACUACCUCAACUAGCCGGUGUCCCCCGCACAUUGACUCUGCACCGGUACCCCCCUGUAUAUAUAGCCUCCCUACUGUUAUUUUAUUUUACUUCUGCUCUUUUUUUCUUUUUCUAUUUUUUUUGUUGUUUUAUUUUUACUUUUUUGUUAAAAAUAAAUGCAUUGUUGGUUAAGGGCUGUAAGUAAGCAUUUCACUGUAAUGUCUGCACCUGUUGUAUUCGGCGCAUGUGGCCGAUUUGAUUUGAAUCAUAAGCUGAAAUAUAUAUAUUUUCAUUUGUGUUGUCAAAUGAGCUAGGGAUGUACAGUAUGUUAGUCAUUGUCAAUUUCUAUCAUAGAAUAUGUUAGCUCUGAUAACUCAUAUUUUUGAAUAUAGGUGGGCCGGUAUAUAAGGAGCUGUACUGAAAAAGAAUUUGUCUGACUGUUUAGAGUCCUAGCAGCUGCCAGUUAGGGGGGAUGACCCUAACCUUGGCAUUGCCAGGAUGCCAUAUGGUAGAGCUGAGACUUAAGGAGCUAGCCCUGUUAGCGGCAGUCAUUCCUGUCCAACCAGAAUUAGCCUUAAAUACUCUUGUCGCAUUGACUGUCUAGACUGACAGGGCGUGUAUAGGACAUGACUAGAGUAUGGGGUAUCAAGGUGGUGUUUAAAAGAUUUGGUAGAUAACAGUGGCUUCCGAAAGGGAAUAAUAGGACUUUAUUUAUUUUGAAGCAAUAGUUAGUUCACUGCUAUGUCAGUGUUGCUAUAUGGUUUCUGCUGGAGGACUUGAUGAAGGAGGUUGCUUCAGGAUGAUGAUUUUGUUUGGUCUAGUAAACAUGUAGUUAGUUAGGCUUUGGGAUCCAAAGUUUGUCAUAAAAUACAAUGGGUUGCCUUACUCUCUCCUGUGGUCUUGCAAAGAUCCCUCAGCCCUCCUAAACAAAAAUGAUCAUGUGUUAUUACCACACAGUUUACUGUUGCUAGAAGUUACAGAGUGGACCUUUUUUUAUUUUUUUAAAGCAAAAUAUCUCUUCAGUCCUCAGUAAGAGGCAGGAAACAGGAGGGUUGUCUCUGUCUUUUGUUUUGGAGUGCACCACUUGUGUGAGAGACAGAGGGUUCUAUUAGCGUUAUCUCAAGGCGCUGACUCGGGCACAUCUUUCCACUCCUGGAAUGUAGAGACGAGAUGACUGAAGUCGCCUACCCAGACCUGAGUCUUGUUCAGUAGGGCAAUGGAAAACAAACACAUCAAGGGCCAAGUAAGGAAUCUGUGGGUGCUUUUAUCACUAGUUGUCAAAAUGAAUUGAAUGCUGUUUUCUUAGUGGUUUGAAAACUUUCCUGUCACAAAUAACUUCCCAUUAGGGUCUAACACACAGUUCUACUGUGUGUUAUCAACAAUGCUUUUGCUGUGAAAACAAGGAAGAGGAAACGAAUGCAGUUACGUUUGGGUGGUUCUGUUUACGGAUGAGUCAGGUUCACAUAGAAAUGUCCCUCUUGGCUUGUAAAACAUGUGGUUUAUAAAAUGUGUAUGCUUGUGUGUUUGCAGCUCUUGUCGAAGCUGGAGCAGACAGGACUACAGGCUGAGGGGAUUCUCAGAGUACCAGGGUCUGCCUCUAGAGUAAAGGUAAGACCACACACACACCACACACACACACCACACACACACACCACACACACACACACCACACACACACACCACACACACUGGAGUUUGUCACACUAUAACUGUCAAGCAGCAAUCAUAGCGCUAUCUUAAAAGUGACCUUGUAAAGUCUGUGUGACAUUGUUUUUACAAUAAGGGAAAGAUUGACUUCAUGUUUUAUCUUUUUUCAUUUGUUGCUGUACUUAACCCUAUCUUCUAUGAGCCCACAUUAAGGUUGUAAAGGACAGAUGUGUUUUCAAUGGCCUGGAAUAAUGGUUGUUUUGGCAGGAAAUGACAUCAUGCUCAUAAACCAUAUUAAUGACUGACCUAUUUCUGCCGUCUAAAACACGGCCGUGUCCCUCCUCCCUACACUCAUCUCUCCCCUUAUCAUUCCCACAUUCCUUGUCUCUCAUGCAGUCAUUCUGUGUUAGGGAGAUUGGCUCAGGUGUGCGUAUGUACAUGCGUGCGUGCGUACCACUGUGCCUACUUGUGUGUAGCAUAUCUGUGUGUGAGAGUGUGCACGUGCAUGUGCUUUGCACUCCUCAACCAAAACAUAUUUCGUACUAGUAGAGCCCUACUGUCAAAAGGCCCCUGCGGUUAACAUGAUACCCAGCCAGACCAGGGGCCCACAGAUAAAAACCUGUCCCUCCAGACAGAGUGAGCCUUCACUGGGGUAGACUCUCGAGUUUGUCAGCCCUGAUAUCCCCACUCCUACAGCAUCACUCACAGGCUGAGGGAGGCCUGCCUCUCCACCUCUCCCUACCCUCUGGUCUGGUCUGGAUACCCUCCUUCCAGCACUAGGACAAGUGGACUGAAGCAGGGGAUGUACCCCCACCCCCCUCCAUUUUGGUUUGUUAGGUGGCACGUCAACCCAGGUGACUAUAGAGUUGAGGUUUACCAGAGGAGGAGCCAUUUUGAUUUGGCGAUUGUUAUUGCAGCAUCUGCGCCAGGAGCUGGAGCAGAAGUUCUAUGAGGACCGGUUUGACUGGGAGCAGGUGAGGCACAAUGACGCAGCGGGCCUGCUGAAGAUGUUCAUCAGAGAGCUGCCUUAUCCUCUGCUCACGCUCCAGCACGCUCCUGCCUUCUCCGCCGCACAGAGUGAGUACACACACGCAGGCCUACCUACACUCUUUCCAUGAAGUGUAUACAGUACAUAUGUAGAAACACUAAAAUAGCUCUCUGACACCCUCAACUGGUCAGCCCCUUAUACACCCAGCGAAGGUGCAUUAACUGCCCAGUAAGCAGAGACUCCAAUUCUUCCGUCCUUCAUACUGUAUAUCACCCUGGUCAACAUUCAUUACAGUACACGUAAAAUUCAUAUUUAUGAUUAAUUUAAAUGUCCUCUCUAAAGUAUACUCUUAACAGUUAACAACACUUAACCUUAUCAGUCAAUGGGGAGGUGUGUGUGUGUGUGGUGUGAGAUUUCAAUGUGUUUUCCCCUCUGUACCUUCUCAGAUAUCUCCUCUCCCAGACACCAGAUCCAGGCCCUGCAUCUCCUCAUCAUGCUGCUCCCUGAGCCCAACAGAGACACACUCAAGGUGAGCAUGUCUCACCUAACCUUUUGACCUACGACCCUAAAGGUCAAGUCACCAUUUUAUUCACCUUUGGUCUCUGCACAGGGUUCGUGUCCUUUGUGGCUAUUCUAAGACUCAUGACCAUGGACUGAAAGACUACUCUAUGAACUUUGACCUCACAACCCAAAACACACACCUAUCCUAUCCAACCCUAAAAUAUCUCAAAUAUGUGCAGGGGCUAAGAGUUUUGUUUUUUUAAUUGGGCAACUGCGUCCAACUAUGUAUUUCUGAUGCAUUCCUAUGACUCAUUAGCCAAUCGUCACAACCAUGAAUGACUGACAUUCCAUUCUAAAGGGGUGGUUCGUAACAUGUAAACAAACAUUGUGUCGCUAAACCCUUGAGCCUCAGUCAAGGCAUAAUAUGAUGAGUUAUCUUGGCGCACGUGAAGUGAACCUGAAGAGCAACAAGUCAGGUUUAAGUGUAGUUCCAGAAAGAGGUUAUUGUGUGAAGUUUAGAUCAGAGGUUUCUACCCUUUAGUCAUCUGGGUGUUUAGUUUAUUAGGAUCCCCAUUAGCUAGUGCACAUGCAGCAGCUACUCUUCCUGGGAUCCACAUAAAACGUACAAAUACAUGACAAAGUACAGAACACUAAUAGACAAGAACAACAUAACUGAUAUUUUUUUUAAUAUAUAUUUUUUUAUAUAUAUAUAUUAGGGAAGACAACAAAAAGAUUACACACUAUUCAUAUAUACAUAUUCAUUAUUGUUAUAUAGAGUAUAGUUAAAUUAUAUCUUUAGAAAGCUGAGCGGCGUUAUGAUGAUACAAUAGGUUUUUUUAAAGCUAAACUAGAUUUUUGCCUGAGCUGGGUAUUUGAAGGUGUGGAGUGAAAACCGGUUUGAUAACCCAGUGAUGUCAUCUCUUCCUGAGUGUACAUAGAUAGGAUGAUGUGUGAGAGUGUGCUUAGUGUUGCCACAUUUAGGAUCAGCAGGCCAGAUUUACCCAGUGAUGUGCUGAACCGAUUUCACGUGCACACACACACACACACACACACUAACCACACGCACACACCCACUCUAACCCCUCUCUCUCUCUGUGCCCCUCCAGGCCCUGUUGGAGUUCCUGAGGAAGGUGGUAGCCUAUGAGGAGAAGAACAGAAUGGGUCUGUGGAACGUGUCCAUGAUCGUGGCUCCCAACCUCUUCACCUACCGGGGCAAGAACGCCAAGCUUGAGGAGAUGCAGGGCGCAGCCGGGGCGGCCCACCUCGUACGGCUACUCAUCAUACACCAGGACCUGCUCUGGACCGUGAGUUGGCUACCAUACACACAUACAGAUACGUACACACACACACACUCCCUCAACAUAGCGCGUCAAAGUAUAGGGCGUUAUUCUACUAGGACUGUACAUUUUCAAAUUACUUGUUGAUAAAUUACAUCUAAACUGUUCCAUUAUAGCAUCUACAAUUUUAAGACUUCCAGUACAACCUCUGUAAUUUUGCACACUUUCAAUAAAUGUACACUGCUCAAAAAAAUAAAGGGAACACUAAAAUAACACAUCCUAGAUCUGAAUGAAUGAAAUAAUCUUAUUAAAUACUUUUUUUCUUUACAUAGUUGAAUGUGCUGUCAACAAAAUCACACAAAAAUUAUCAAUGGAAAUCAAAUGUAUCAACCCAUGGAGGUCUGGAUUUGGAGUCACCCUCAAAAUUAAAGUGGAAAACCACACUACAGGCUGAUCCAACUUUGAUGUAAUGUCCUUUGUUUGAUGUAAUGUCCUUAAAACAAGUCAAAAUGAGGCUCAGUAGUGUGUGUGGCCUCCACGUGCCUGUAUGACCUCCCUACAUCGCCUGGGCAUGCUCCUGAUGAGGUGGCGGAUGGUCUCCUGAGGGAUCUCCUCCCAGACCUGGACUAAAGCAUCCGCCAACUCCUGGACAGUCUGUGGUGCAACGUGGCGUUGGUGGAUGGAGCGAGACAUGAUGUCCCAAAUGUGCUCAAUUGGAUUCAGGUCUAGGGAACGGGCGGGCCAGUCCAUAGCAUCAAUGCCUUCCUCUUGCAGGAACUGCUAACACACUCCAGCCACAUGAGGUCUAGCAUUGUCUUGCAUUAGGAGGAACCCAGGGCCAACCGCACCAGCAAAUGGUCUCACAAGGGGUCUGAGGAUCUCAUCUCGGUACCUAAUGGCAGUCAGGCUACCUCUGGCGAGCACAUGGAGGGCUGUGCGGCCCCCCAAAGAAAUGCCACCCCACACCAUGACUGACCCACCGCCAAACCGGUCAUGCUGGAGGAUGUUGCAGGCAGCAGAACGUUCUCCACGGCGUCUCCAGACUCUGUCACGUGUGCUCAGUGUGAACCUGCUUUCAUCUGUGAAGAGCACAGGGCACCAGUGGCGAAUUUGCCAAUCUUGGUGUUCUCUGGCAAAUGCCAAACGUCCUGCACGGUGUUGGGCUGUAAGCACAACCCCCACCUGUGGACGUCGGGCCCUCAUACCACCCUCAUGGAGUCUGUUUCUGACCGUUUGAGCAGACGCAUGCACAUUUGUGGCCUGCUGGAGGUCAUUUUGCAGGGCUCUGGCAGUGCUCCUCCUGCUCCUCCUUGCACAAAGGCGGAGGUAGCAGUCCUGCUGCUGGGUUGUUGCCCUCCUACGGCCUCCUCCACGUCUCCUGAUGUACUGGCCUGUCUCCUGGUAGCGCCUCCAUGCUCUGGACACUACGCUGACAGACACAGCAAACCUUCUUGCCACAGCUCGCAUUGAUGUGCCAUCCUGGAUGAGCUGCACUACCUGAGCCACUUGUGUGGGUUGUAGACUCCGGCUCAUGCUACCACUAGAGUGAAAGCACCGCCAGCAUUCAAAAGUGACCAAAACAUCAGCCAGGAAGCAUAGGAACUGAGAAGUGGUCUGUGGUCACCACCUGCAAAACCAGUCCUUUAUUGGGGGUGUCUUGCUAAUUGCCUAUAAUUUCCACCUGUUGUCUAUUCCAUUUGCACAACAGCAUGUGAAAUAUAUUGUCAAUCAGUGUUGCUUCCUAAGUGGACAGUUUGAUUUCACAGAAGUGUGAUUUGACUUGUAGUUACAUUGUGUUGUUUAAGUGUUCCCUUUAUUUCUUUGAGCAGUGUAUAUAUAUAUAAAAAUAUAUAUGUUUCCCUGUAAGCUAGUAGCCUGGUUAAAUCCUACGGAAUACUACACUCACCGUUAUUUUACUGGAAAUCAGUUUUUAAUGCCAAAUAGGUUCAUUUAGCCUGUCUCAAAACCCCUCACGGGAAGUGAUCCAGGCACUUUGUAUGAAAUGCAAAGAGGCAAAGAGCAGCUUGACCCAAAUCAGGUGAAUGGUGCCUGGCCUAUUAGAAUGCAUAUAGCCCCAACCCUUAAGCCUCUGGGCAGGGAGGGAGAGAGGGAAUUAAUAGGUCUAUUGUUCUCUCCUCAGGUGCCCUGCUUUCUGAUCUCCCACGUGAGGAAGUUAAACGAGGCUGGUGCCAGCAAGAAGCCGCCCAGCUCAGAGAAGACCAAGAGGAAGCUGCUACUAAUGAGGAGGAAGAACUCUGAGCGAGAGAAGACUGAGAGGAGUGAGGUAAUGAUUACUGACUGUAAAGUACUUUAACCCAAAAACAAUUCGAUUUAUUCUCAACGUUAGUUUGACUAGACAACAAUACCAUAGGUUAUUGGAUGUAUGUUUGCUCCUGACAGAAAUUAAUUGGAAGAGGUCGCUAGUACCUUUCAGCAUGAGGUUCAGUCACGUAAUGGGACUUGAAGUUGGGUCUUAUCUUGGUCCACAGCUCACUGACCUCCGACAAGGGGUCAUCAGGGUUCACGCUCCACUACACGCCAAGAUCUCCAUGGCGAUCCAGCUGGACAACGAGACCAAGGCCAAAGACGUGAUGGCGCGCUUCGACUACGAGAACGGGUCAGUGGAGGAUGAUGAUGAUGAUGACUAUUUUCUGUCCCAGACCGUGCCUCUGUUGACUUUGCUAAUGCAUACUAUACAGAUGUCUGGGUUUAUUAAAAUCAUUCUCGUUUCUCUCGCAGUCGUGGCACCAGAAGCACUAGCCGGAAGCCAAGGCAGUAUUUGUUUGAGGUCGGAGGAAACAUAGGUACGUAUGAUUUAAAUCACUGUUUGACUCUUUCAAACACAGAUUCUGAUUUGUCUGUCUUCUUUUAUCGAACUGAACAAGACUUCUCUCUCCUCUAGGUGAGCGCAACUUGGACCCCGAGACUCACCUUCUAGACGUGUACCACGUGAAUCCGCACUGCGAAUGGGUCUUAAAACCCACAACCACAUGAGAACUGAGGAAUCACUCACUCAACACAGAGCGCAAGCAGACUGAACCACUGCUCUCUUGAGGUCGUCCUGGUGAACUGACCAUGCAUGGAGCCCUGGUUGAAUUGAGGUUUCAGCCCCAACUACAGACCACUAAAAAGAGAGAGACAGCACUUAAAGAGGAACUAUGGAGAGAUGGUCUCCUCCUGAAGGAAAGAUGGUCCUGUUUGUGGGAUGAAACCUUUUAACAAAAUACUAAAAAGGACGGAACCACUGUACUCUGAAUAUCUGGGUUCUGUAUGGAAGUAUUUGGAGGAGGGACAGCUUUGUGAAGACACGACAUACCAUUUCUGGACAUUGGAAUUGUUUGAUGCCAAAUAUGUGCGCAGCGAGGUUCACCCACUACAGAGGCCAUGCAAGACCCAGUUAACACGUACUUGCUAUAUUUAUACCACAAAUGUAUCUUGCUUUUAGUAUUAUCACACAUACUACAUGUAACUUUUGUAUCAUUUAUAAUUGCAGUAUGUUGAUUGCAAAACCAUUGGGAGUGAGGAGAUUCAGAAGACUAGCAAUUUGGGUUGUUGAGUGCAUGAUGGGAAGGAACAAGUGGAGAUGGGAUGACCUGAUACUGAAUACAGACGUUGUCUCCGUCUCAAAUGUUGUAACAACUUCCUUUCAUGGUCUCCUGUCCUCUGCUGACCACUGAUCUGGUGUAGCACUGAUCUGAUCAGGACAAGGCAGGUGAUAACAACAUUGUGGAAGCCUAUCCAGUCCUUUCACCUGUCAGUGGUCAUGAAGGAAA